UUUAGCUUCCAAAACUGUCACAAAAGUAAAAAACUUUCAGAUCACACACAAACUGUUCUGUCUACUCUAAUGGAUGCCGGAGCAUGGUGUGAUUCCGACGAUGUAAACUUCUGCUGGAGGCGGUGUUACUCCGGUAGAGAAUACGACCGUUUGGUAUCCUAUAAGUUGCCGGCGAACAGAUCAAGCAGAACGCCCAUCUGGAGACUGAUAUGGAGGAAGAUGAAGAAAGAGAAGAAGCGGAUUUACGAUUGUUCAAAUUCAAUGUGGUUUUCAUAUGAUCCUCAUUCUUAUUCGCAGAAUUUCGAUCAAGGUUCAAUUUCGACCGAUGCUGAUGAACUUUCUCGUUCCUUCUCAGCUCGAUUUGCUGUUCCCUCCAGGAUUUUCACCCAUGACGAAUUACUGGACUAAUGGAGAAAACAAUAAUAACAUACUCACUGUCGUAUCACAAGUGAGAUCUGGAGAGUAUAGACUGACUGUGUUUUCGAUAGACUCUCAAGUCAAAAAAAAAAAUACAAUGGAGGAAAACAGGGUAAAAUUUGUUGUCAUUGUUAUCAUACAAAUUACUAAACUGUAAUUCAUCUGUUAUCUGUUGUUAAUGAUAAAAAUUGAUAUGUGUAGACUGUUGA